AUUUUUAUGAGAGGCUAAUUGUUUAUAUUUACUUUAUUGUUUAAUUAUUAUGAAAUAUACAAAUGUCAAUUGUCAAAUGAAAUUGUUGAUAAAUCCGCCUAUCAUUCUUUUGAUCCUUACUUCACAGUUUACAUACACCACAGCAUCGAUGUAUCGAAUUACAUCCUUUAUGUUCUGCUAUGUUCACAUUUUUUUUUUUUUUUUUUUUUAACAAGGCUGUUCGAAAAAGAUAAAAAAAAAAAAAAUUAUAAACAGUCAACAACAACAACAAUCCUGAAUGUUUUUUUAAAUCAAUGUUAUUUGAUGACACAACAGAUUGAUAAUAAUUUUAAUUAUUGACUAAUUAAUUAUUGAAAAUAAUGGCUCCAAAAAAUCCUUGUAAAAAAAUUAAAACACAUCAUAAUGAUGAUGUUAAAGCAGUGACAGAUCAAAGCAUAAAUAUUUUGGAUUAUGAUUCAUUGGCAGCAAUAUUUAUGUAUCUACCAUUUAAAGAAAGGCUGGAAAUUGAAAAUGUUUGUGAAAAAUGGAGCACUGCUAGUGAAAGAGCCUGGAGUGACAUCAAGUCAUUUAACUCUGAAGACACUGAAUUUAUAAAUAAACAUUUUAAAGAAAGUGAAAAAUAUCAAGAUCAAGUUGAAACAUUAUUACAUCGUUGUGGAAUAUAUAUAAAAGAAUUGUCAUUAAAUAGAAAUUAUGAUUCAGAUAUAAUACCAGUUAUCAAAAAAAAUUGUCAUAAUUUAUUAAAACUUGAACUUGUAAUAACUGAUGAUAAUGAUGAAUCUUUUGAAGAUGUAUUUUCCAAUAUGAAAAAUUUAGAAUCAAUAAAAAUUAUUCAUAUAAAUGAUGAUGAUGAUUAUAGUGAUGAAUAUAGAAAUGUUUUAGAAAGUUUACCAGAAACUAUUGAAAAUAUAUAUUAUGAUUGUGGUGAUGAUGAUUCUCCACAUAUAUCAAAAGAUUUUGCACUUACUGUUAUUAAAUUUAAUAAACUAAAUUGCCUUACUCUUCGUAACUGGAAACUUGAUGAAGUAUUAAUUGAUACUUUAUGUCAAAAAAAUUCAAUAACACAACUUAAUCUUGAAUAUUCACAAUUAAAUCAAUCACGUUUACCAAUAUCAAAAUUAACAAAUUUAGUAGCUUUAAAUGUUGCUGAUAUGAGUGAAAAUGGUUUAUGUGAUGAUGAUAUGAUUAAAAUUAUAGAAAAUUGUGAUAAAAUUAAAUCUUUAAAUUUACGUCGUUGCAAAAGAUUAACAUUAGUAUCAUUAAAUAAACUUUAUCGUUUAAAAAAUUUAGAAAAACUUGUAUUAGAUCAUACAGAUGCAAAAGAUUCAGUAUUUGGUGUAUUUCCAAAUUUACAACGUUUAGAAUGUGUUAAUUGUAGUUUAACUGAUGCUGGUAUUAUUAGAGUAUUAAAAAAUUCACCACUUUUAGAAAAUUUAGAUAUUUGCUGGACAGAUAUGACCAUUGAGACAAUUGAUUAUGCAUCUAGUAUAUCUAAAUCUCGUGGAAGAAAAUUAAGUCUUUAUAUUGAUAAAUUAUUUUCAUUGAAAAAUAGUGAAUUGAUUGAUAAAUAUCGUAGUGAAUUAUUAAAUAUUGAUGAUGAUGCAACUGAAAUUUGUUUGCAAUUUUUCUGUGUUUUAUUUCGUUAUUUGGAAGGACGAAUUAAUGAGUAUAAUGGAGUUAAUAGUUCUGAUGAUGAAGAUGAAGAUGAGGAUGAAGAUGAAGAUGAAGAUGAAGAUGAUGAUGAUAAUCAUAAUGAUGAUAAUGAUGAUGAUGAAGAUGAGGAUGAUGAAAAUGGAUAUGAAGAAGAUGAUGACAAAAAUGUUCGUGAUAGUAAUGAUGAAUUAAAUUACGAUGAAGAUGAAGAUGACAACGAAAGUGAUGAAGAUUUGUAAUAUCCAACAACAAAAACUACAAGAAAAAAAAAAACUAAUUCUGGCAGUUAUUGUUUUUCAUAUUUUAAUUGUAAAAUUAAUAGUUUCAUUCAAACUUGUAUUUAAAACAAAAAAACUCAACUUCAAUCAAAUUUCUGUUGAGUUAAUUUUUUUUUUUUUUUUCAUAUUAAAAAAGAUAUAAUAUGAUUUAUUUUUUUUUAGUAUUAAAAUAGUUAUAUUUUUAAUAAUACCUUCUGUAAUAUUUUUUAAAUAAUUUUAUAAUAAUAAAAAAAAAAAAUUGUAAUAUAGUAAAAUUUUUUAAAUAAUUUUUUUUAUUCAACAUUAUGCUUUUGGCAAAACGAAAAAAAAAUAAUCAUGUAUAAAAAUACAAAUGUAAUAUAUUUUAUGGUACAUUUAAUUUGUUCAUUAACAUUUUAUGUUUUAGAAAAAAAAAAUGGACAUUUAUAAACUAUAAAGUUGUUGAAAACUUUUCAGUUAAUAUCGAAAGAAAAAAAAAAAAGAAAAGCAAUACGUGGAUU